UCUUUGGUUAGAAUGGAUGAAAGGGAAGAAGAAAUGGACAUAAAAGUGUACAAUGCAACUCCACCAGCAGAGGAAGGAGGAACAAACAAGAACAAGCGUCGUGCAUUGAUGGCAAAGGGUAUUCAGAAAACGCUAUCCAAAACUUCUCUCCUCGGAAACUUCCUUCCCACGGGCACUCUCCUCACCUUCGAGAUGGUGCUGCCUUCAAUCUACAAGAACGGAGAGUGCAGCCACGUGCAGACCCUCAUGAUCAACUUCCUCCUCGCUGUCUGCGCCCUCUCAUGCUUCUUCUUCCACUUCACCGACAGUUUCCACGGUCCUGACGGAACCCUCUACUAUGGCUUUGUCACCACGCGCGGCCUCUCCGUCUUCAAGCCUUCUCUCCCCGCCGUGCCUGUGCCUCGCGACGACAAGUUCAAGGUGGGGUUCACCGACUUCGUCCACGCCGUCAUGUCCGUGAUGAUCUUUGUGGCCAUUUCCGUUUCCGAUCACAGGGUCACCAACUGUCUGUUCCCUGGGCGCGAGAAGGACUUGGAGCAGGUUAGGGAGAGUUUUCCUCUCUUGGUCGGACUCCUUUGCAGUGGCCUGUUCCUCAUCUUUCCCACUUCCAGACAUGGAAUUGGUUGCAUGUCUGCCUAGUUCCUUCU